ACGCCCAAAAAAAGCUGUGAGUAUAUGAAAAUGGUAUGAACUGAUUUGUUUUUAGAGUGGGGAAAUUGGACGGGACAUCUUGUCCUAUCAAACUAUUAGUAAGGACGGAUACUAAAAAUUUUAAGUACUGUGUAUAAAUAAAUGAGGAGGGCCAUCAAUUUAGGCGCCAAUAUAACCACCAUUUUCCCGCCGGCAACUUCACCGACGUCAACAUCUCUUCUUCCUCUCCCACUUAACUGUCACAAGCGGAACGCAGUCAUUCGUUCGGAGAAAACAAUGGCCAACCCCGUCGCCGGAGACAAAAGGCAGUAUUGGCUUCUCAAGACGGAGCCAGCAGAGUGGUCGUGGGCGGACCAAGCCGCCAACGACGGACGAUCAAAGUGGGACGGCGUUAAGAACAAGCAAGCUCAGAAGCAUCUUAAGUCCAUGAAACUCGGCGACCGCUGUUUCUUCUACCACUCGGGCGCCAAGGCCCGCCGUGUCGUGGGCGUGGUCGCGGUCGCAAGGGAGUGGUACUCAUCGGUGGAGGAUGAAGUUGUCGUUGACGUGGAGGCAGUUGGAGAGAUGAGGGAACCGGUGGAUUUGAAAGAGAUGAAGAAGGGGAUGGAAGGGAUGAAGAAUUUCGCUCUGUUUAGGCAACCGAGGCUGUCGGUCGUGCCGGUUGCGAAGGAGAUUUGGGAUAAAAUCUGCGAAUUGGGAGGCGGAUUUGAAGGAGAUGGAACUGAGGGCGGGCAUGGGAGUGAUUGAAUUUGAAUGCUCUCAAGGUGUUUGUGAAUAUGCUCAGGAGAAUUUUAAGGGAAUUGAAUGCAUAAACCGUAUCUGUUUUGGAAAUGCUCAGUCAGGUAUAUAUAUAUAUAUAUAUCUAUACAUAUUGUUUUUGUUGUCUGUUUAAUGGUGGCUUAUGAAUUCUUGGGGAAUCAAAUUUUUGAUCAUCUAGUUUCUUUAGUUCUUCAACAAUGGCUGAACCACAUAGAGGUUUACAUUUACUUCCCGAUCUUUCUUUUGUAUUUGUAUAUAUUUCUUCUAAUUGAACACAACUCAACUAGCAUGCAAUGUAUUAGCAAUCAGUUUCAAGUUCAAAUUUUCAUUGUUUUAUUGAAAUUUGAAGCUUAUCUA